AAAUCUUAAAAUUUUACGUCCUAGUUUACAAGCUCCAAAGCCGCAACCGCCACCACCACCUCCGUUGCAUAAGAAAAUUACACUGUGUGUAGACAGAAAAUGUUUUGUUUUGAUCGCCAGCGAUGAUUACUUAGUAAUCAAUUUGGAAAGCGGAGAAAUUGAAAGGAAAGAUGGUUACGAAGCAUCACAGGACGCAAGGUGUUAUGAAGUGUAUGGGGUUAUAGGAUUCCUAAAAUUGUUAACAGCAACUAACCUCGUUAUGAUCACGGAUCGAAAACAUGUCGGCCAAAUUCAGGGUAAAAGUGUUUAUAUAGUGAAAAACAUUAUCAUUUUGCCUUUGGAUUUUGAUCGUGCUUGUAGAAUUCUGGAAAGAUACUCAUGGCCUGUGGAUGACGAUGAUCAAGGAAGUGCUUAUGAUGGUAGUGGCACGACUGGGACGCAUCAACGAUACAUUUCUAAUGUGAUUGAAGAGACUAUCGUAGACCCUCAAACGGCAGACCAAACUACUGACCAAAUUGCUGAUCUAUCGUCAUCACCUACUUUAAUGUCCCCAUCUAUUGAAGUUACACCACCAGCAGAAUCACAAACAAAACGGCAACCGCUUUCAGCGUUUGUUUCAAAAAUGAGGACUGCGUGGUCAGAUUUCGGGCGGAGAAGACCUCAAUCAUUAUAUUCCAAUGGAUCAGACUCAGAAGAUUAUGAUAGAGAUACAGAAUGGGAGACAAUAACAUCAGUCAACGAAACAUACGUGAAUGUGAACUCAAAUGAGGAUUCAGCAAAGGGUCCACCUACUGGUAAGCCGUCGAUAGCUACCGGUUUAUCAAAUGCGGCAAAGAAGGUUACUGUCGUUUGGGAAGGUUUCGCUAAUGAUGUUAGAAGCCCAAAUACUCUUAAUGUUAAGGAUCCAAUUGAAAAGAAAGCUAUGGAUUUAAGGAUCGCGAGAGAAAUUGCGUCAUUGUUUCGUUCGGAUGCAUUUUUCUAUUCUUAUGAUCUUGAUAUUACGACCUCUCUGCAGCAGAAGUAUGAACGAGGUCAACUAAAGGAUCAGCCACUAUGGAAACAAAUUAAUAAGAGAUUUUGGUGGAAUGAACAUAUGCUUAAAAGGUUUAUAGAACUCGAGCUACAUGCUUGGAUAUUACCUGUAAUGCAAGGUUAUGUUCAGUCAGAGCAUUGUGAGAUUGAAGAUCGAGUAUUUGAUUUUAUAAUUAUUUCUCGAAGAAGUCGAGAAAGACCAGGACUGAGAUAUCAACGCCGAGGUGUCAAUGAACAAGGAGCUGUAGCAAAUUUUGUUGAAACUGAACAAAUUCUUUCAAUUAAGAUUGAUGAUUCAAAUCAUGAUGUCUCAUUUUUACAAGUCCGUGGUUCAGUUCCAUUAUUUUGGUCUCAAUCUCCAUAUGGCCUAAAACCGAAACCAACUCUUGAAAGAUCUGCGGAUGAAAAUGCUGAAGCAUUCGCAAAGCAUUUCGAUAUUCUAUUAAAUGCAUAUGGACACACUAAUUGCAUAAACCUGGUUGAGUCCCAUGGAAGAGAAGCAAUUAUUGGUACCGCUUUUCGCGAAGCCAUUCAAAAUUUAGGAAAUAAAAAUAUUGAGUAUGUCGAGUUUGAUUUUCAUAAAGAAUGUAGAGGAAUGAAAUAUGAAAACAUUUCCAUGCUGGUGUCUACACUUGCUAGAAAUUUUCAUUCUAUGGGUUAUUUCUGGCAAGUUGGCAAUAAUGAUGUUCAUUGUAAGCAAGUGGGAAUAUUUCGCACGAAUUGUAUGGAUUGUUUGGAUAGGACAAAUGUUGUACAGAGCGCAUUAGCACGAGAAGUUCUGAACCUACAACUUCUUAGACUUGGUGUCUCAGAAUUCAUAGAUGGUGGUAUAUCACAUUAUGAAGAAUUUGAAAAUAUUUUUAAUGAUGUUUGGGCAAAUAACGGUGAUUCUAUAAGUAGAGAAUAUGCGGGAACCAGUGCUUUGAAAGGAAAACGAAAUCUUCAAGGAGUUGUCAAUGAUGCGUCAAAUUCAUUGGCUAGAAUGUUUCAAAAUACAUUUAAAGAUUUCUUUAGACAGGCAACAAUCGAUUAUCUUCUUGGAAAUCAUUCAUUGGAUGUAUUUCAAGAAUUGCAACAAAAGUUUGAAGCAUCACAACCUGGUGAUGCUGAAAGGUGGGCAAAAAUUAGAGCCAAUGCCAUUGACAUUAGCAGUUCAAUUGUUAUUGUUGAUAACGAAGGAAGAGUUGACGGGUGGACUUUUUUGUCACCAAGUGAACCAAGCACACU